GGGCUUGUACUCCUUGGAGCAGCUGCGCAGGGUCGACGACAGAGGACGCGGGAGGCCAGGGGUGCUACCGUAUUCCGGCGUUCGGACCCCAACAACGGCCGACCUUGUUCUUUGAAAGGUGAGUGAUUCUAGCCAAUUUCAUCUCAAAUCUUUCUCUCUUUUUUCCCCCCAAGUUUUGUGGCCAUGGGUGAUCUUCCUUUCGGCCGUGAAGUUUUUACUUCUCUAGGAAUUUAGAUUUAUUACUAAUAGAAGUUCUUUUUUUUUGCAUUUUUGCUUGUGCACCAAGUGCCCUGUUCCGGGUCUGCCACUGCCUCCAGUUCCCCACCCCUUACAUAGCUUAUAUUUGUAGACUGAGUGCAACAAUAGUGAGUAUCAAAGUUUAAUUAUAUUUACAUUGCAUUUUUUAACUUAAACUGUGCAUACUUUUAUUUGUAGGCUCUUUUGUAGGGUAUCUUCACUUCAUAAGAAAAGGGAAGAUGAGAUACUCCACGGUAGAGAAUCAGUAUUAGUGGGCCCUUUAGUUCAAGUUGCUUCUGUUAGUUUUUUAUCUGACCAAAAAAAACCAUUCUCCAUCUAUGGUCGAAUUUAUGUUGAAUUCUAUGAUACCAUUAGUGGAGAAACCAUUGUCCAUGAUCUAUACAGUCGAAAUAGGGGUGAUACUCAAGUCCUUGAGUCGAAUGAUAGAUUAUCUCUGAUUAACCAAGAUUACUCUCAAUGGCCAUUUAAUACUGGUAUGCCAUUGGAUUAUUGCAAGUUUGUUGUGGAUCUUUUUGUUGAGGAUAACAACCUAUUUGCACAGUUUCAAUUCGGCAACGAUGUGGCUGACAUGGAAAAAGUCAAAGAAGAAUGCAUUCAUUGCGAUUGUGGCACCCUUGUAUUGUGCCACAAUGUCAUACCAUUUGCUAUUCGAGGUCGUGUAAAAGUGUGUUUCUCCCGCAAAAAAAGGUUUUACAAACGGUGAUCCUUCUCUUAACGUGAAAGGAGUGAUUGUUGCUCGCCCGUGUGACAGUUUUGGGAGUUAUACGCUUUUUGAGAAGUCCAACGAAUUUGAACGAGUGGAGUUUGAUAUGGCAACAAUGUGCGCAUGGAUGACCUUGUCUAGAUGUUGGGUUGGUAUUUCAGCUCAUUCAUCUAUUUUCAUUGACGUGGACCUGUCUGAAUAUGGAACAGAGCAAAAAAUUAUGAUGAUUUGUUGAUGAUAAGUUUAUUGUUGAUGAUUUUCUUAUUUAUGUGAGUGUGGAAUGGUUCUCUCCUGUGCCUCAUGGAAAAUGCUUUAAUGAUAAGGUAAUUUUUAUAUUACUUCUAAAUUUUGGCUAUAAUUUACUUUGUAAAUAAAACUUUUCUAUUGUUCAUUUUAUUAUCUACUUUCUCUUUUUUUGGAACUGAUUUAUUCCCUCCCUCUUCAUCUUUUCAAGUCAUCUUUCACAUGGUUUUAAAAGGCGAAAAAGGCGGUCCGCCCUGAGGCGGUAAGGCGCUGAGGCGGUAGUUUUUUGCCCCAGAGGCGUUCGCACCAGAUGAUUUCCGCGAAGCGUACGCCUUGAUUUAUUGAGGCGGUUCGAGGCGGUAAGGCGCUGAGGCGGAAACAAGGCGUUCGCCUUGAAAUAUAGUCCGUAUAAGCCAUAUUCUGCCCUUUUGAAUUUAAGUUAUUGGGCCUUCAAAUAGCUGGCCCCUUUGAAAAAGUUAGGCAGGAAGCACUACUUAAAUAUAAAUAAAUAAAAACACUUAAAGUUCCAAUUUUCCAAUCGCACACCUGCGUGGUUGUCCAGCUUCCGAUUCUCUCUCUUUCGCCGUCUCUCUCUUUCUCUCUGGCUUCCGGUUGUUUCUCUCUGGUCGCGGCUUUCCCUGUGCAAUUUGGCUUCCUAUUCUGUUUCACUCUUAAGGUACAAAUUUAUGAUUUCUUGAAGAUUUGUUUUAACUUUUUUUUUACUCUGGUAAUUUUAUUUUCCAAAAUUCCAGCAACUUGAAUAAUUUUAAGUUAGCCAAUUUUAAGAUUUUUCAUUAUUAAAUUUUAAGAUUUUUC